UUUGACGUAAUUUCGGGAAUCCCUUUCUUCUUCUUCUCUUCUUCUGUUCUUCGUUCUCAUAGUCGUGUCCGCGGUUUGGUUUCUGAUUGAUUUGUGGGAAGCUUGAAUCCCAGCAUGACGGCGGAGGUGAUUUCUCAGCCGAAUGGAGUUGUCGCGAAUGGUGGUGAUUUCGACCUUAAUUCUAACCCUAAAUCUGGCGCCGCCAAGAAAUCGCGGGAAAGUGAACGACGUCGUCGUCGGCGAAAGCAGAAGAAGAACCAGAAGGCUUCUAAGGUGAAGGAGGCUGCUGGUGGAGAGGAUAGUGAUGCUUCUGGUGAUGACACAAAGGAGAACGAUGAUCUACUCCAGGUUGUUGAGAAAGUAGAAAUUGAAUAUGUACCUGAGAAGGCUGAAUUAGAUGAUAGCUUGGACGAAGAAUUUAGAAGAGUUUUUGAGAAAUUCAAUUUCAGUGAUGUAGCUGGUGUUGAGGAGAAUGAAAACAAAGAUGAGUCUGCCCAAAAUGCAGCAUCUAAGAAGUCGGACUCAGAUUCUGAUGAUGAAGAACUUGAUAACCAGCAAAAGGAAAAAGGAGGCUUAUCAAACAAGAAAAAGAAGUUGCAACGGCGUAUGAAGAUUGCAGAACUGAAGCAGAUUUGUUUGAGACCCGAUGUUGUUGAGAUAUGGGAUGCAACUGCAGCUGAUCCCAAGUUACUUGUUUAUCUAAAAUCUUAUCGCAACACAGUUCCUGUGCCAAGGCAUUGGUGUCAGAAAAGGAAAUUUUUACAGGGGAAGCGUGGUAUUGAAAAACAGCCAUUCCAACUUCCAGAUUUUAUUGCAGCAACAGGAAUUGAGAAGAUUAGACAGGCCUACAUAGAAAAAGAGGAUAGUAAGAAGUUGAAGCAAAAGCAAAGAGAACGAAUGCAGCCAAAGAUGGGAAAAAUGGAUAUUGAUUAUCAGGUUCUUCAUGAUGCUUUUUUCAAGUACCAAACGAAGCCAAAGCUGACAACACUUGGAGAUCUGUACUAUGAAGGGAAAGAAUUCGAGGUUAAGUUAAGGGAGAUGAAACCCGGCAUGCUAUCACAAGAACUCAAAGAAGCACUUGGUAUGCCAGAGGGCGCUCCUCCCCCAUGGCUCAUUAACAUGCAGAGAUACGGUCCUCCACCAUCCUACCCAGAUCUAAAAAUUCCAGGACUCAAUGCUCCCAUUCCACCUGGAGCUAGCUUUGGUUACCAUCCUGGUGGCUGGGGAAAGCCUCCCGUCGAUGAAUAUGGCCGUCCACUGUAUGGAGAUGUGUUUGGUGUUCAGCAGCAGGAGCAAGCUAACUACGAGGAGGAACCCGUUGAUAAGACCAAGCAUUGGGGUGAUUUGGAGGAAGAGGAAGAGGAAGAGGUGGAGGAGGAGGAUGAGGAGGAAAUUGAAGAAGAGGAAAUGCAAGAUGGUAUUGAAUCUGUGGAUAGUCUAUCGAGCACUCCUACUGGUGUGGAGACACCAGAUGUUAUUGACCUUCGGAAACAACAGAGGAAGGAACCGGACAGGCCUCUUUACCAAGUUCUCGAAGAAAAAGAAGAGAAGGUUGCUCCUGGGACAUUGCUUGGAACUACACAUACUUAUGUUAUUAGUGGCGGUACUCAAGAUAAGACGGGAGCCAAAAGGGUUGAUUUGCUUAGAGGUCAAAAAUCUGAUAAAGUGGACGUUACUUUACGACCCGAAGAAUUGGAAGCUAUGGAAAAUGUUCUACCUGCGAAAUACGAGGAAGCUAGGGAAGAGGAGAAGUUGCGGAGUCAGAGGGAGGACUUCAGCGACAUGGUUGCGGAGAAUGAGAAGAAAAGAAAACGUAAGAUGCAGGAAAAGGAUGGAAAAUCUAAGAAGAAAGAUUUCAAGUUCUAGGCCAUUUUUUGUUUCGGUAAUCGAACCACUCUAUCGACUACUACUACUGCCAUACCGAGCUGGCUUUUGCUUUCGUUGGAGAUGUCGAUCUUGGUAGUAUCAAGUAAUGUGAUAUCCUAUAAAACUUCCAACACUGGCUCUUCCUAAAACCACCCAGACCCCUCUUUGCAGGGUACUCUACAUAGAUAGUCGCAUAUACAGACUCUUCAAUGGAAGUAGUUUGUCAUAUUAGUAGGUUCUGUAUUCUUCGUUCUUUUCGAUUCCCGAGCUUCGAAAGGGCUGCUGUUUUCGAUUCCCGAGCUUCGAAAGGGCUGCUGUGCUAUGACUAAAAUGAAUAGUAGCUACUAUAGAUUUAUCUACAAAUGAGUUUUAUGUUGUUUUGUCACGGCGGCUCUGUUGUACUUAAAACACCAAUUAAACUUUGACUUAGUUAAGUGGAAGUUAAUUGUUCCAAAUUGAUUCAAUUUUCA